AUGUAUUUGCAAUGCAUGCAUAAGGGUGCAAGCAAGAAAGAAACAUUGUUGGUUCAUUCAUUUGGUCACAGUAGUUCUCUUUCUCAUUUUCUAACCAUCAUGAACAUCUCUUUAUGCAUCAUAACACUACUACUGUUGCACUUAGGCUUAUUUUUAGGGGCAAGCUUAGCCUACUCCUCAAGCUUCAACUAUGGUGAUGCUGUUGACAAGAGCUUGAUGUUCUUUGAAGCCCAAAGGUCUGGUAAAUUGCCACCUCAGCAGCGAGUCAAGUGGCGCGGUGAUUCUGGCCUCAAUGAUGGACUUUCACAAGGAGUUGACCUUGUGGGAGGGUACUAUGAUGCUGGGGAUCAUGUGAAGUUUGGGCUGCCGAUGGCAUAUAGUGUGACAAUGCUUGCAUGGGGAGCCAUUGAGUUCAGAAAAGAGAUCACUGACUUGAACCAAAUGGGACACACUUUAUGGGCCAUUAAAUGGGGAACUGAUUACUUCCUCAAAGCACAUCCUCAGCCUAAUGUUCUUUGGGGACAGGUAGGGGAUGGAGCCUCGGAUCACUAUUGCUGGGAGCGUGCUGAAGACAUGACAACUUCAAGAACUGCCUAUAAAGUUGAUGAAGAGCAUCCUGGCUCUGAUAUUGCAGGUGAAACUGCAGCUGCAUUGGCUGCAGCAUCCAUAGCCUUCAAGCCCUACAACUCUUCUUACUCUAAUCUUCUCCUAAUUCAUGCAAAACAGCUCUUCACAUUUGCCGAUAGGUUCAGAGGUCUAUAUGAUGAUUCCAUAACUAGUGCUCAGCAAUUCUAUACUUCUUCCGGUUACUCAGAUGAACUAUUAUGGGCUGCAGCAUGGUUGCAUCAAGCAACUGUUGAUGAAUACUACCUAAAGUAUGUGGUGGACAAUGCUGUGUACAUGGGUGGAAGUGGCUGGGCAGUGAAGGAGUUCUCUUGGGACAAUAAAUAUGCCGGUGUACAAAUCCUCUUGUCGAAGGUGUUACUAGAAGGAAAGGCUGGUUCAUAUGCCUCUACACUGAAGCAGUACCAAGCCAAGGCAGAUUAUUUUACCUGUGCUUCCUUGCAAAAGAAUGAUGGUUACAAUGUCCAGAAGACUCCAGGUGGUCUAGUAUACGUGCGCGAAUGGAACAACAUGCAGUAUGUUUCUUCUUCUGCAUUUCUCUUGGUUGCUUACUCUAAGUAUCUAUCAGAUGCAAAAACUCAGAUUAAUUGUCCAGAUGGACAAGUUCAGCCUCAGGAGCUUCUCAAUUUUGCAAAAUCACAGGCUGAUUACAUCCUUGGCAAAAACCCUGAGGGUAUGAGCUACUUGGUUGGAUCUGGACCAAAAUAUCCUCUACAUGUUCACCACAGAGGGGCUUCCAUUGCUUCAAUCUUUUCUAUUAGGUCUGAGAUUGGCUGCAUCCAAGGAUUCGAGGCAUGGUAUCACCGUGCCGAACCGAAUCCUAACAUCAUCUAUGGUGCCCUUGUGGGUGGUCCUGAUAAAAAUGAUGAAUUCUCUGAUGACAGAUCAAAUUAUGAACAAACUGAGCCUACGCUUUCAGGAUCAGCUCCUCUUGUAGGCAUCUUUGCUAAACUGCAGAGUUUAUAUGGCAAUUCAGGUUACUACCAUAAGGCAUCAUCAGUGCCCCACCCCAAAACACCAAAUACCACAAACUCAUGGAAAACAUCAUUGUCUAAAACAUUAGAAGGUGCACCAAUUGAGUUCCUUCACUCAAUUACUAGCUCAUGGACUGUUGGGGCUACAACUUAUUACCGCCACAGAGUGAUCAUCAAGAACACUUCUUUGGAGCCAAUAACAGAUCUCAAGUUGGUGAUUGAGAAUCUCUCAGGAUCUAUAUGGGGUCUAUCUCCAACAAAUGAGAAGAACAUUUAUGAACUUCCACAAUGGCUCAAUGUCUUGAAUCCUGACUCAGAGUGUAUGUUUGUUUAUGUUCAAGAAGGACCACAAGCAAAGAUCAGUGUUCAAAGCUUCCAUUGAUCAUUUUUGGUAGAGAGGAUUGGAAGUAUGAAGUACAUUUGAUAUCCUAAGCGGCCAUAUUAAGGGUUUCUUUUUUCCUUUUUUUUUAUACUUGUAAUUUGACUGUUAAACUUCUACUACUUCCAUGAUUGUAAAUUUUUAAUAUCAA